AUGUUCGGCACCAAGGCCCUCCGCGCUGCUCAGCAUGCUGUGCGCACCCCUUCGAUUAAGUUCAUCGGCAAGCGGACAAUUCCUGCUGUUGUUGACCACACUCCUCAACCGCAUCCCGCUUCGCCGACUAAGACUCUUCCUGCCUCUUUCCUGAGCUCUCACGCUACCUUUAGUGUUUACCGCGACCAUGCUCAACAGUUUGGUCCCCUCCGCAAGACAAUCACCCCUAAUGCUGGCAUUGGCGGCUCUCCCGCCGUUGCCCUCGGCCCCGUCGAGCCCCCGCAGGGUGUCUACUUCGACCGCAAUGACCUGCCUGAGCGGUUCCGUCGCCAGCCCCUAACUCCGGACGAGAUUGAGGCCAUUGAGACUGGCGCAGUCGCAAGCGGAACAAUGAGGGGAUUUGGAUCCGACUCAUCGCAAGCCAGCGGCGAAGAAGCAAAAUGCCCCGUCAACCACAAGACCCGUGAGCUCUGGCUGCACCAAGCACGCGCAGCCCAAUCCGCAUCCACAUCCGCUGCCCCCGCAUUACCACAGAGUGUUCAAGUCGCGCCAGCUUCUCAACCCAGCCAACCCUCGUCCUACUCCAGCUCCUCUUGGUCGUCCUGGCUCCGAAUCCCCUUCUUCUCCCAACAAUCGCAAUCUGCCAAUUCAACGCAACAGGCCCAACCGCCCAAACUGUCAGCCCCCCUCCUCGACGAAACCCGCGUCAUCUCCAGCAUCCCCCGUACUCCUGACGCCACGCCCUCCGCCUGCCCUGUCAACCAUGAAGUCGAGACCGGCGCCUCGCCCACAGGGCACUGGGUCUAUCCCUCCGAAAAACAAUUCUUCGAAGCUAUGCGCCGGAAAGGGUACGACCCACACGCGGCGGACAUGAAGACCGUCGUGCCGAUUCAUAACGCGGUGAACGAGAGGGCUUGGGCAGAGAUUCUGCAGUGGGAGGCGCCGUAUGUCGAGCCCGUCCUGACUGUUUUGAACAGAAAGAGACCAGACAGGGCUAGACACCUUACCUCCACAAAGCUCUUACAGCUGUUCACCCUCAUCCUCAAACCAACGCUUUGCCAAAAGAUGUGCACAUCACGUCCGAAAAUCUUGGGUGAGCAUGUCACUCUCAUCAUCGGUGCUGCCAGUCAGGUUGCUGCUGAAAUGUAA